AUGUCAAGACCGAAACGCACAGGAAAGAACAAGCAGGCGCCUCCGCCGGCGCCGCACCGCGCCGCGGCGGCAAGCAAGCGGCGGGUCCGGAAGGGCAAGGCCGCCCCAACCGCGCCGGCCAAGCCGGCGCCCGUGCUCGACACGAGCGCGUACCCGCACCUCCUGGACGAGAUCAUCGUGCACGCGCCGUACGAGGUGCUCCUCGCGCUGCGGGAGACGAGCCGCGCCGUGCGGCGCCGCGUCGACCGCAGCCUGUACCGCCACAUCUUGCUCGGGCGCGAGGACCAGCACCUGCCGAGCACGGUCGCGGACGACAUUGACGAGGACGCGCUCCUCGUCGUCGCUGCCCCGGACCGGAUGUGGGAGACGGGCGAGUGCUUGCCCGGGUUCCCCCCGACAGAAGUCUACCAGAUCCUCGACCUGGUCGAGGACCUCGAAGAGGCCGAAGCGCGCGCCGCAGGCCCGACGACGCGCGCAAUGACCGCCGCCAAGGAGAUGCGCGACGAAGAAGAAGACGAGGAAUACGCCCACCAGAAGGCGUACCUCGCGCACACGAAGAUCGUCGACGUGCAAACCACGCACGGGGCGUACCUCGUCUGGCUGUCGCACCUGCACCCCGAGGCGUUUGGCGUCGUGCGCGCGUUCUGCGGCAACGAGGGGUUCUACCAGACCAACCCCGUGCUGCUCGCCGACACGCUCGUCGUCAUGCCGCAGACGCAGCCGUCGAGCUUCCCCAUGCCGGCGCAGCAGACGCCGCUGCGCUUCUUCCCGCGCGCGACCAGGCGCGUAGUGCACCACGUCAAGAUGCCGCUGAAUGCCGAGGACCCGGUGCUCGCGUUCCGCCGCUUCCCGCUGCCGCCGCUCGACGCGCCCGACGCCGAGCCGGGCCAGCAGGUGUUUGUCUUCUCGGAUGCGAGCCCCAACCUCGUGCCGGACGCAGUGGAGCGCGCAAAGCGCGUGCUCGCCGAGCUGGCCGGCAAGUCGCCCCUCCGCAGGUGGCACUACCUCGCUGCUGAGCUCGCGCCGAGCGUGCGCGCCGGCGGGCAGGUGCUGAUUGUCGACUUUGACAAGAUCGACAACGACUGGUUCCAGUUCGACGCGGACGCGACGCCGGCACAGCGCCAGGAGAGCCUGCGCCUCCGCGUGCUGGGCGAGCUGCUCGGCGACUCGGACGUCGCGGGCCCGCAUCUCGACCUUGUCGCGGAGUUGGACCCUGUCGCGAGCGAGGCUGAGGCGCUCGCGAUGGUCGAUGCGAGCUUGGCGUUUACCACGCGCGCAGAGUGGGAGACGGGGCUGACAGCCGAGGAGGUCGAGCUGUUUGCGGUGGACUCAUUGGCGCAGCGCGAACUCGACACGGCACUAGACAUUCAAUCCGGGCACGCGCGCGUCGUCGACAUCAUUGUCGCCAGCAUCGACCUCGAGUCGGAGGACGCCGAGGCCACGGCCACGCUGCUGAUGCAGCAGGGCCCGCCGGACGGCGGGUGGGACGGUGACUGGGACAUGUGAGGGGGAGGUGGGGUUGGACGGUGCGGUAAUAGACGCGGAGGG